UAAAGCGCAUAAAGGACAACGGGGAGCACAAAGGAAUGAAAACAGCACCUUGAAAACUUUUACAACGGGGUUUGUGUGAUGGUACUUCACAGGAGUAUUGAUUAAGAGCUCGGUGAUCGCGGGCGGCGGGCUGCGGAGGGAAUGUGAGAGAGAGGAGUGAAGCGGCUCUGAGCUCCGCUGUCUCUCCGACCAGCAGCGCUUUUUGUCAGCUGAGCCGUUUGCAACCGAGGCCCCGCUGCUCAUCACAGGCCUGCUCCUCUCAGGAGGACGUAAUCCCCAAUCACAGGCAGAAUUGUUGACUCUGACAUGGGGGUCAAAACCUUCACCCACAGUUCAACUUCCCACAGCCAGGAGAUGCUGGAGAAGCUCAAUGCACUGCGCAAUGAAGGUCACCUAUGUGAUGUCACCAUUCGGGUCCAGGAUAAGCUCUUCCUGGCUCACAAGGUGGUCCUGGCCUGUUGCAGUGACUUCUUCCGCUCCAAACUGGUGGGCCGGCCAGAUGAGGAGGACAAGUUUGUGUUGGACCUUCAUCAUGUGACAGUUAGUGGCUUUACCCCCCUCUUGGAAUAUGCCUACACCUCAACCCUCUCCAUCAGCACAGAAAACAUCAUUGAUGUCCUGGCAGCUGCAAGUUACAUGCAAAUGUUUGCUGUGGCUAGUACAUGUUCAGAAUUCAUGAAAUCCAGUAUUCUGUGGAGUCCAGGUAACAACAACAACAACAACAACAUGACAGCAGAUAAACCGCAUGAAUCUGCCCCAGAGAGCGCCUCUUCAAACUGUGCCCUGACGCCGCUGGAGGGCAGCUUGUCACCUGUGUCGUCCGACUGCAGUGUAAUGGAGAGGAAUGUUCCCAUAUGCCGUGAAUCGCGGCGUAAACGCAAAAGCUUUGUGACAAUGGCAUCACCCGAGAGUCCGCUCAAGUGCACCACACAGAUGGUCACCACCUCCCCUCAGAUCCCCAACCCAUCCCCUUCUUUCUCAGACAGUGCAGCUCAGCCUGUGGAGUCUUCCCUGGCCUUCCCUUGGACUUUCCCCUUUGGCAUUGACCGGAGGUUCCACUCAGACAAGGCCAAGCUCCCUGAGAGCCCUCGCUGCCUGGAGCAGGGCACCCCAGGGACCUCAGAGGUGGUGGUUGGCCGGCGGCUGAGCGACUUCCUGACAUGCGAGAGCUCCAAGACAGUGUCGUCACCAGGGCCGGCAGAGGAAGAGGAUGUGAGGGUGAAAGUGGAGCGACUCAGCGAUGAAGAAGUCCAGGAGACUUCUUCCCAGCCGGUCAGCGCCUCUCAGAGUUCUCUGAGUGACCAGCAGACGGUGCCAGGGAGUGAACAGGUCCAGGAGGAGCUACUCAUCAGUCCACAGUCAUCCUCCAUAGGGUCGAUGGAUGAAGGAGUGUCUGAAGGCUUGCCAUCGAUGCAGAACACCUCAAACCCUGGAGGACAUGCAGAAGAUGAUGAAAGGCUGGAGGGCAUCCAGUACCCAUACCACCUCUAUAUCAGCCCCUCAGCCCGGCCAGGCACCAAUGGCCCUGACAGGCCCUUUCAGUGUCCUACCUGCGGAGUCAGAUUCACACGCAUUCAGAACCUGAAGCAACAUAUGCUCAUACACUCCGGCAUUAAGCCUUUCCAGUGUGACCGCUGUGGGAAAAAGUUCACACGGGCCUACUCCCUAAAGAUGCAUCGGCUGAAGCACGAAGGUAAACGCUGUUUCCGGUGCCAGAUUUGUAGCGCCACAUUCACGUCCUUCGGUGAAUAUAAGCAUCACAUGAGGGUCUCCCGACACAUAAUCCGCAAGCCGCGGAUUUACGAGUGCAAAACGUGCGGCGCCAUGUUCACCAACUCUGGCAAUUUAAUUGUACACCUGAGGAGUCUGAACCAUGAGGCAUCCGAACUAGCAAACUACUUCCAGAGCAGUGAUUUCCUCGUGCCCGACUACCUGAGCCAGGUGCAGGAGGAGGAGGAGGCGCUUGGAGUCCAGUACGAGCUGGAGGAGCCUCACCACCACCCAGUCUACCCGGGCAGCACCUCCACCUCCACCGCUACUGCCGCCUCCUCCUCCUCCUCGGUCCAGAUGCCUGUCAUCUCCCAAGUCUCCUCCUCUACCCAGAAUUGCGAGAGUUCCUCUGGCUUCCUGUCACCCGAACCCCUUGACCCCCUGGAAGCUCCAACCUCCCUCAAGAUGGACGCUGAUGGAACGGCAGCGAUGACGGAGGAGACCAAGAUGGACAACAGUGGAGGAGGCAGUUCCCCGGAGGUGUUUGAAGAAGAGCAGCAGCAUGCCCAGGCCAAGGAGCUGGCUUCCAUUACCAUAGAGUGAUUUAAAGUCUUCUACUACCCUUCAUGUCUUACUCUGCAUUCGCGUCAUAUGGGAACACCCGUCGCAACGUCUUGACGGCUGAAAGCAAAGACUGGGAAGUUCUCACAUGUUGAAACAUGUUUGAAGCCGCCAAGAAGCCAAGAUUGAAGUUUUCUGUAGACUUAAGUUGCUCUUCAUAAGCUUUCUCAUGCUUAGCACACAUGCACUUACUGAGUGAUACAUUUCAGCUCAUGUUUUAUAGCAAACCAAACACUGCAGUGUCAACUGCAAAUGGGAAAUCCAGCAAGUAGUUGUAUCCUUCCAAGUUGUGAUGAGUUGUGAUCUCAAAAUGACAUAUGGGAUUAAAAUUGUUCAUUUUGUUUGUUUUAUUUGAAAUGAAAAUAUUUCUUACACGUGGCAGAAAUCUGGAAAUUAGAGAAAUCGGGGUCCAUUUGGCGUCCAUCACUAAACCCAAGCUUCAUAUCAGUAUUUACCAUCCUUAACCAAGUUAAGAGGAACAGUAUUUUUAGGCAGUAUUUAGUACCUAAAAGCUGACAUGAAUGAUGAAUGAUUUUCAAGGAAAAAUCUUCCAUCUUUUCCCAUAUGACGUGAACGCAGCAUUAACAACAGUCAUUUCUCUCUUAGCCAAUUUGAAGUUGUUAAGUCCAAGCCUUGCCUACUUUGGAAAGUGCCUGAGAGUCCCCAUUUUAACAAGUACUAUGUAGAGGAAGAAGAGGUCUUGACUUCGCCAACAGUGGCAAAUCAAGUCUUUGUAAAAUGAGCAAAAGAUUUUAAAAAAAUCAUUUAUAGUGAUAAUGCUAGUUUGUAUGGGCAGAGACUGUGUUAUUCCUUCAGUGCCGUCGCUAUAGGCAAACUGUUAAUGUCAAUAUUAUCUAUAUUGCAAGAGCUUGUACUGUAGUUUCAAUAUUUGAAUGCUAUGUAUGUUGGAUGUUGUGAAGUAUGAUGUCAGGUGUGUGUAUGUGUAUUUCUUUUAUCAGUAUGAACACAGUACAUUUUUAAAACAUUUUUUAAAGUUUUCAAAACUUGAAACUAUAUUGACAGAGUAUUCCCUUAUGAUGUUUGCGCAGUAUGUGAUUUUUCUGACUUCUUACAUCCAAAAAAAAGUUAUAAUUAUUAUUAUUUUUUGUUACUCAUCACUGCUGUCAAAUCAAAACCUUGCAGCUCCAAAAAUGAAACUCAAAAUGAGAAAAUGAGAAAAACAGCUAGAUUAACAUUUGUUGUUGUUUUAUUCUUCUGUGAAGUGAAUAGUUUCAGUCUAACCAUCAAAUAAAGGACAACACAAGGCUGGAAAAGAAAAAAAAAACAUGGAGUUACAAGGUUUUCCCACAGCUGCAGUGGUGUAUUCCUAAAUGGGCUGUAAAAUAUGGUGAUGUAGCAUUUCAUCUCACAUGUGAAGUUAGGCCUGUUUGUCAAAAGGCCAUUUACUCUUUUUUUUUUUUUUUUAAGUCCGUUUGUGUUACGUAAAAUGUUGAUAUUGCAUCCGGAUUUCAAAUUUGGGCUCGGUCCAGAUUUACCCAGAGGGACGCUGCUGAGGGUCUAGGAUAUUGCAUGACUGCUGAAGUCACGCUUCACUGAGGUACAACAUGAUAAAAGAUUUACUUUGUGGGCAGUAAAUCACCACCGAUAUUUCACCCAGAAGUGUGGGUUUAACCACCAGUGUUGUAGCUUUUUUCCCCUGACUGUCUUUAUCUAGAAUUGUACAAAGGCGGUAAAGGAGUAAAAUUUGCUGUGCGCUUGUAGGGGAACAGAAGUAAAUGCAUAUGAGGUCAGAACCCAUUUUGAGGCUGUUGUGUGUUCUAUGGUAUUGCUUUAAAAGCAGAGUGUGCGCGUAGAUGCAAAUACUGUGAGUUUAAUCAUAACUAACGAAUUAAAGAUUUAAGUUAACCAGCAUUUCUCUCACCUGAAAGCAAUCAACGCGAUUAGGCAGUAGGUUUUUUUUUUUCCUCGAUGUUGCUCGUUUCAUUUGUUCUUCUCUGCUGACUUUUGGUGAAAACCUUAGCCUCCUGAUAGCUGUGUUGUGCCAACAUAGUGGUCAUUCUGUACUUGUUGUGCCUGUAAUGAUACCCGUGGUAAUAAUCCAUGAGUUGAAUGCUACUGACUGUGAUUGGUUCCGAUGUUCAGUGAAGUCCUCCUCAUUUCAUCGAUUCUGUGUUGCCCCUGAAAACGAUACGAACACGCAUUAAGGAUCAUAGCAGUAAGACGCAAGAGCUUACAUGCAGGGUCGCAGAUGAUUGUAAAGAGUAAUAUUCCUGUGAUGAAAGCAUCGACAAUACAUUGUGGUUAUGAUUGUUGCAGUAAUUCACUGAGAUUUGUCUUAAUGAGAGCUUACAUCACCCCGUGCCAUCCUAUCAGUCACUCUUUUUCAAAGUUGUGCCAUUUGCCCUGUUACCUGGGUACAAAUCAAGCUUUUUUCCUAUUGGACCAAAUGUCCUCUGUCUUAUUGGGGAUUUGCCAUGGCAAUCAGUAAUUGCACAUAUUAAAAGAAAGAGAUAAUCACGAUAUGUGGUCCAUGCUAUUUAGCAAAGGGGCUGUGCUUUUGUUUUCUGCCCCUUAAAACACUGUAUGAUGUUGUGCAUUUAAGAGGCUAGCCUUACUAAAUGGACCUAUUUAAACUCGAGUUGCACAAUGUCAAAAUUUUAAAAAAAGACGUUUUCUAUUCUCCAUUUGUAUGUUAUGCUUUUCAUCUGUUCUGUUCGGUGUGCGUCUGUAUUCAAACAACUUUUUUAUAAUGAAAUGCUGCUGUUUGUUGAAACGCAAAAGUGCCCAAAAUAUUUUUGUGAACCAAUGGUGUGCAAUAAAUGGACAGGUGUUGUUAUAAUGGUUCUAAGUUGAUAUUUUGUUUUUGGAACAGUGACUAUAAAAAGAAUGUAUAAUUUUGCUGUUUCUUUUUUUUUGUUUUGUUUUUGUUUUUUUUUUUUCCUAACACAACUGAAGCUGAAGAAAAGAGGCAAGGACCCCAUUUGAUCUGUGAAAUAAGGAACAAGGCUUUGAUAUCAAACAACUGGUUCUAUUCAGCUCCUUUAUGUUUGUUUCCAAAGUUGCAUGUUCAUAUCGUUCUGUGAAUUGGAGAGCAUGUUCUGCUUGGUGUCUUCCGUUAGCGAUGUGUUCUGUCCAGGCCUUAUUUGUCAAUGCCUCUUUAUCCAACUUAGCGUUUUUUUUUUCUGUUGUUCAGCAUGCCUUGUUUUAUUUUUCCUUUCUUUCUUUCUUUCUUUCUUUCGUCUUUCCUUUUCUUGCUCUUCUUUUCCGUACGUAGUCCCUUUAAUGUGCAAUGUUUUAAAAAUAUCUUUGAUUAUAUACAGAACAUGCCUUUUCAGUGUACACUCGAUGUUGUAUACGUUUUCCGGUUCAUAUGGUUUAUUUAAAAGUAGAAAAAAAGGAGAAAAAAAAGAUUAAACAUGGUAGCUCUUCAUAACUACAUAUAUAUUUUUUGGUGACUUUUGUAUUAUGGUUGCUGUUUCAUGGAUAUGCCAUCUUUGGAUAUUCUUGUUAAAUGUGAAUAGAACAGCUUAGUUUGGGAGUGUGGGGGCCUUGGUCGUCUUCACUUUGUGACUGUCUGCAAUGUGUAUAUAUAUAUACAGUAUAUACACACUUACUAUGUUGCAUAUUCUUUAUACUGUAGGCUACUUGAUUACAAUCUGCUUUGGGACAGAUGUUGUAUUUUGUGUCUUUGAUACUGUAUUUAAACUGUAGUUUGGAGAAAUUGUACAAAAACAUCCCGGAUAGUAAUGCAACCUACACAUUGUAUAUGGCAAACAGACGUUUGUGGUGUUGAGUGUUUUAACUGGAUCAAAUUCCACAGUUGACAAGACCGCUCUGUACUAUGGAGUUCAUGGUUGUUCUGAAUCUUGGCUAGUGUUCUGACUUUGCAGUCCCGUUGUUAUUAACAAAAAAAAGACAAAAAAAAAAAAAAGAAAGAAAAAAGAGAGUUGUUUUUGUAAAAGUAUAACAUG